AUGAUGACACUUUCAAUCAGCAAGCUCGGCGUUGCCACUACUCUGCUCGCAUCUCUGACAGCAGUCAACGCGCAAAACGACAGCACGUUGUAUUCAGGUCCUGUUUGGAACCAUGAGGACUACACGACCAGUCCUCCAGUCUACCCAAGUCCUAAUAUCACUGGGAAGUCGUGGGAGACCGCAUUGGAGAAGGCUAAGGCAUGGGUCGCUCAACUUACACUCGAGGAGAAGUCCCAGCUCGUGACCGGAACAGAAGGCCCUUGCGUCGGCAACAUUGCACCCAUCGAGCGCCUCAACUUCACCGGUCUAUGUCUCCAGGAUGGACCUCUCGCCAUUCGUCAAGCAACCUAUGCUUCGGUCUUCCCUGCCGGUCUUACAGUCGCUGCGGCUUGGGAUAGAGACCUUGCGUACAUCCGAGGCUACCAAAUCGGAGAAGAGUACAAGGCUAAGGGGUCACACAUUGCACUUGGUCCAGUAGCAGGCCCUCUCGGCCGCUCAGGUCUCGGUGGAAGAAACUGGGAAGGAUUCUCCCCAGAUCCAUACCUCACUGGUCUGCUGAUGGGAGAUACCAUCCGUGGCCACCAAGGCGCGGGUGUCCAGGCUUGCGCCAAGCACUACAUCGGCAACGAGCAGGAGACGCAACGAAACCCAUCAGACAGCCCGGUCAACUCAGUCACAGGCAUUGCAGCGCUCGGAAGUGCAUCUGCCGCAACGGAAACCAUCGAAGCUCUCUCCUCGAAUAUCGACGAUCGUACCCUCCACGAGCUCUACCUUUGGCCCUUCUACGAUGCGAUUCAGGCUGGCGUGGCCUCGGUCAUGUGCUCCUACCAACGUGUGAACGGCUCGUACGGCUGCCAGAACUCGAAACUCCUCAAUGGAAUUUUGAAAGAAGAGCUUGGUUUCCAGGGAUAUGUAGUCUCUGACUGGAUGGCAACACACGCGGGAUACCACGCUGCUGACGCUGGUUUGGACAUGAACAUGCCUGGAGGCCUUGAAUUCUCCCAGUCGGUCCCUUCGCUGUGGGGUGCCAACCUUACCACCAGCGUCAACAACGGUAGCUUAGAUCUCAGCCGUAUGGACAACAUGGCACACCGUAUCAUGGCUCCAUACUUCUACCUUGGCCAGGACAAGGACUUCCCAGCCAUUGACGCCGACACACCUUCGACCCAAAAGACCUGGGCUGAGGACACCUACCGAUUCAACUUCACCUACGGCGAGGAGCACGUUGAUGUACGAUCCGAUCACCAUAAGCUGAUCCGCGAGAUCGGUUCCGCGGGAACUGUGCUUCUGAAGAACACCAACGGCGCAUUGCCACUCACGGAAAGCUUGAAGAACGUCGCCGUAUUCGGAAACGACGCUGGAGAUCUUACCAAUGGGCUGUACUUUGCCACACUUACUACACCGGUCGGCUUCGAAAUUGGUGUGCUGCCAGCCGCAGGUGGUUCCGGUACUGGUCGAUUCACCUACGUUGUCGACCCACUCUCUGCCAUUAAGCAGAAGAUCGGUAACGACAGGCUCGUGCAGUACGUUCUUAACAACACUCAGAUCGCUGCUGGAAAUGGCUGGGACACCAUCAAUCCUCAGCCAGAGGUCUGUCUCGUGUUCCUCAACACAUGGGCCUCUGAAGCGUUCGACCGAACUAGCCUCCUCCUCGACAACAACGGCACUGAUGUCGUCGAGAAAGUGGCUGCCAACUGCGCCAACACCAUUGUCUUCACCCACUCUGCUGGCUUGAACGUCCUUCCAUUCGCUGACCACCCGAACGUCACCGCCAUCCUGGCAGGUCAUCUCUCUGGACAGGAGGUUGGGAACUCCGUGGUCGAUAUCCUCUGGGGCGCGGUCAACCCAUCUGGCAAGCUGCCAUACACAAUCGCCAAGAACGAGGAGGACUACGACUUCGUUAGCAUUGUCAACUCGACUGAGCUCAUUGAGACAACCGAUCCAAAUGCUUGGCAGGAUGACUUCAGAGAGCGUCUGCUGAUCGACUACCUAGGCCACUUCGACUACUUCAACCAGUCUGUGCAGUACGAGUUCGGCUUCGGCCUCUCAUACACCACCUUCAGCAUCGACCAGAACAUCAGCGUCAACAAGGCCUCCACCGGUAGCAUCUCCGCACUACCUGCCGAGUCCGAUGAAAUCGUCCCUGGUGGCAACCCAGCUCUGUGGGAGUACCUGUACGAGAUUACCGCUACUGUUACCAACACCGGCUCUCUCGAGGGCGCGACGGUGCCACAGCUCUACCUUUCCUUCCCUCAGCUACCAAACGAGGCGACCGAGCCCGUCCAAGUCCUCCGUGGCUUCCAGAAGGUCAACUUGCAGCCAGGCGAGAGCGCCACUGUAACAUUCCCACUCGCAAGACGCGACCUCUCUUACUGGGACACAGUCUCUCAACAGUGGACAAUCUACUCGGGCAGCGUUGGAGUUGCGGUUGGUCUUUCUAGCAGGGAUAUCCAGGCCACGACUACUUUCACCCCGAUCGGUGCUGCUGCACCAGGAUCGUACAGGCACCGCCGCUUUUAG